GUUUCUGCCUACUUCUUCCGACCGACGUGUGGCUCCUCCCCGUCUUUCCCCGCUCCUCGCCCUCCCUCGCUCCUCUGCGGUUGGGGCACCGAGCUGGUGGCCUCCGCGGCCUCCGCGGCGCCGGAGCCGGAGCCGCGGCGGAGCUGGGAGGCCGGCGGCGACGUGGACCUGGACAGCGUGGCCUAUGGCUUCAUGGCUUCCCAGGCGCUCUUCGCCGCGCUGGAGCUCGGCCUCUUCGACCACGUCGCCGCCGCCGGGCCCGCGGGCGCCGGCGCCGCAGCGCUCGGCGCGGCCUGCGGCGUCGAGGGGCCGCGGCUGCUCACGCUGCUCACGGCGCUCGUGGCGUUGAAGUGCCUGCGGCAGGCGGGCGGAUUCUACACGCUGUCGCCGAACACGGCGAGGUACAUGGUCCGGACCUCGAAGGCGUACUACGGGGACUACCUCAUGUACCAGAUCGGCAGGCAGUUCUACGCGACGAUGGGCCAGCUGCCCGAGGUGAUGAAGACGGGCCGCGCUCUGACCUACGCGUCCUGGUUCUCGGACCCAGCAGUCGCCGAGACCUACACGAGGGCCCAACACAACGGCUCGCUGGCCACGGCCAGGUCCCUGAUCAGGGGCAUGGCCGACCUGGCGGAGGUACGCGACCUCCUGGACGUGGGGGGCGGCUCCGGCGCCUUCUCCUACGCCUUCGCCGCCGCGGCGCCCGCGCUGCAGGCCACGGUGCUCGAGCUGCCGGAGGUCUGCUGCGUCGGCGAGGCCAUCCGCGCGGGGCAGCCAGAGGACGUGCGGCGCCGCGUGCGGUUCGUGGAGCUGGACGCCACGAGCCCAAGCUGGCCAGUGGCGGACGGAGCGUCGUGGCUUCGGCAAGUGUUCGGGCUUGGAGCGUAUGACGCCGUGAUCAUGUCCUACCUCUCCGGCUCUGUACCGGAGCCUGUGAUCGUCGGCCUGUACGCCAACGCCUGGAGGGCGCUGAGGCCAGGGGGCCGGCUGCUGGUGCACGACUUCAUGGUGAACGACAGCAGGGACGGCCCGGUCCUCGCGUCGCUGUGGGCCCUGCAGCACGUCACCGUCAACGCGGCGGGGGUCGGGCUGUGCCCCAGCGAGGUCCUCGUGCGCCUGGGCCAGGCAGGUUUCGACCCCGGCAAGUGCGACACGUCGGAGAUGAUCCAAGGCCUCACGAAGCUCGUCGUCGCGCGCAAGGCGUAGCUGCCUCGCGAGCCGCCGCCGCCGCGCCGCCGCCCGCGGCGCCCGCUCGCCCG